CGUUCUUCUCCAUUCCAUCUUAACGGCCGUGUCGACGAGCGUAGCCAUAUAGAAGUAAUCGGUCUCUACCCGCAAACAAAUGGCCACCCCGACUACGGGCCAACUUUAUUAUUAGACAGAGACCUUAAGACGUUCGUCCCACGGGGCAAAGUGCGUGUAUGGCCAAGCUCCUUUCUCGUUCGACUCCCGGAUCAGGUGCAGCUCGCCGGGCGGAAGUAGUGGUUUAGUAGUAGAAAGGUCCUUCAAAACUAUGGCCGCAGAAGAAAAAACGCAUGGGCAUCGUCAGGGCAUCACGAUCUUCCGCCUCUCGUAAAUUGCAAAUGGACUCCUGCCAGAAACACGAUCGUUCCUGCUCGACUCUAGAACCCAAGUCUAUCAAGGAUUACGUGGCCACGGACUAUUAUGCUGUGGAGAGGGAUAAACUAUUCCGUUUUGAAUCUGUAGAUGACGUGUUGAAAUCGUUCGAAGAUUGCUCUUCCGGCUGCUACUUUGUGGAUUACGAACGGGAGGGAUAUUAUCAAGAAAUCCGUUCUCCCGUACGCUCCAACCAAAACGUCCUCUACUCUGGAGACUCGUCCUCCCAACACCGUUAUCAUCGCUAUUCAAAAAAGGAAGAUGCUACGAGUAGGAGAAGUUAUUCCAACGAGAGAGGAUGCUCUAAAAAGUAUAACAGGAAGAAACCUUUGACUCAGAUGGAACUGGAUAGGAAGAGAAUGUUGGCUAACAGGCAAGAGAGGAGGAGGAUGUAUAGACUGAAUGCCGCUUUGGAGAAACUUAGACAAGUGAUACCCACUUCGUUUCAACAACAGUCGUCUAAAAAACUAUCCAAAAUUAAAACCCUAAAAUUGGCCAUUAGUUACAUUUCCAUGCUUGCCAAAAUGCUGAAGGACGAAAACUGCGUUAAGGCGAUUUGCAAUUAAUAUCUGUCCAUUCGAAUCAUCCAUCUUCGUCUCACAGAUCCAGACUUGUAAAUUUUAACAGGUACCGUUCCGUGUAAUUUUUUUUUAAAUUGAAAAUUUAUAUUCUUUAAUUAAUAAUCUUAAUUGAUCCACGGGAUGGAGUUAAAAAAUUUUUCUGUAAUUGUUGCGAACAAUACUCACUUCUUAAACCACAAAGUACAAAGGAAUGUAUACGAAUUUAUAGUGCAAAUUAAGGAAUUAAUUGUGUCUUAUCGAGGAAUUUGUAUUAAAAAAUAAAGCUGUGAAGUUCUUCCGCUAAAAUUUAUUCACGUUUUGUAGCUA